CCCGCCCCCUGUGACCGUUGGUUUCCGGUGUGAGGAGCAUCUGCAGGUCACUCUGCCCCGUGUUUAUGUGUGGCUGAGCGGGUCGGACGUGGAGGAGAGCCGCCCAGCUUCGCAUCCUGUCCCCGCUCCGUACCGCAGGCGGCCCGCUGCAUACAUGCCAGAUACCGCCGGGGCUCCACGGCCGUUUCCCAGCGAUGACCGACAGCCCCGCGUCCAAAGCCGCCGGCUACGGGGGAGCGUGUCCGCAUGCGAGGAACGGACCGAGGCAGGAGCGGAACGGCUUCCCGAAGAGCCUCCGCCUCUGCCCGCGGGAGCAGAACCGGGACCAGGACGGGGAGGAGGGCCGAGCGGCGCCGCGUCAUGGCGCCUGGUGUGGCCGGCCCGUCGGGGAGUCCUUUGAAGAGACGCCCAUGCUGGUGGCCGUUCUCACCUACGUGGGCUACGGCAUCCUCACCGUCUUCGGCUACCUCCGGGACUUCCUCCGCCACUGGAAGAUCGAGAGGUGCCACAUCGCCAGGGAGAAGGAGGAGCAGAAGGACUUUGUGCCGCUCUACCAGGACUUUGAGAACUUCUACACCAGGAACCUGUACAUGAGGAUAAGAGACAACUGGAACCGGCCCAUCUGCAGCGUUCCUGGAGCCAAGAUGGACCUGAUGGAGCGGGUUUCCCACGACUACAACUGGACCUUUGAGUACACAGGUGAGGUGGUGAAGGAUGUCAUUAACCUGGGCUCCUAUAAUUACCUGGGCUUUGCUGAGAACACGGGCCGCUGUGCUGACGCUGCAGCCGAGGUCAGCGUGACGUACGGCGUCGGGGUGGCGAGCACCAGGCAGGAGAUCGGUAACCUGGACAUCCACGAGGAGAUGGAGAAGCUGGUGGCAGAGUUCCUGGGCGUGGAGUCGGCCAUGGCCUUCGGGAUGGGCUUCGCCACCAACUCCAUGAACAUCCCAGCACUGACUGGCAAGGGAUGCCUGAUCCUGAGCGACGAGCUGAACCACGCCUCUCUGGUCCUGGGAGCCAGACUCUCCGGCUCCACCGUCAGGGUCUUCAAACACAACAACAUGCAGAACCUGGAGAGGCUGCUGAGGGAAGCCAUUGUUGGCGGCCAGCCCCGCACCCACAGACCCUGGAAGAAGAUCCUCAUCGUGGUGGAGGGCAUUUACAGCAUGGAGGGCAGCAUCGUGCGGCUGCCGGAGGUGAUGGCGCUGAAGAAGCGCUACCGGGCCUACCUCUACCUGGACGAGGCCCACAGCAUCGGGGCCCUGGGUCCGGGGGGGCGGGGCGUGGUGGAGUACUUCGGCCUGGACCCCCGAGACGUGGACGUCAUGAUGGGCACCUUCACCAAGAGCUUUGGAGCUGCGGGGGGGUACAUAGCUGGGAAACGGGAGCUCAUCGACUACCUGCGCUGCCAUUCCCACAGUGCUGUCUACGCCACCUCCAUGUCUCCUCCUGUGGUGGAGCAAAUCAUCACUUCUGUGAAGUGCAUUAUGGGAGACGACGGAGCAAUAACAGGUCGUAGCCGCGUCCGGCAGCUGGCCCACAACACCGUCUACUUCCGACGGAGGCUCCGGGAAAUGGGCUUCAUCAUCUACGGGAACGACGACUCCCCGGUCGUACCCAUGAUGCUCUACAUGCCCGCCAAGAUAGGAGCGUUCGGCCGGGAGAUGCUGCGGAGGAACGUGGGCGUGGUGGUGGUGGGCUUCCCGGCCACGCCCAUCAUCGAGUCGCGGGCGCGCUUCUGCAUCUCUGCCGCUCACUCCAGAGACCUGCUGGACCGGGAAGAGAAAAAUCAAACUAAAAAGGACGAUAGGAGCCUGGAUGGAGAGGCGCUGGCUGCCAUCAGCGAGGUGGGAGACCUCCUCCAGCUCAAGUACUCACGGCGCCGGCUCCAGCUGACGGCGCCGCGGCCCUCUGAUGACGCCGUCUACGACGACAUGGACGACUAGAGCGGAUCAGAACCCGGGUCCAGACCAUCGGGUCCAGACCAUCGGGUCCAGACCAUCGGGUCUUCCAUGAGGAUGAAGACGGUUCCCCACAGAGACAUGGACGCUGACGUCCAACCUCGCCUUAAACAGAACACCUGACAGCAGCUCCUCCUCCUCCUCCUCCUCCUCCUCCUCUUCCUCCUUUAUGUCUCUGGCUGGUUUUCAUCACGCUCUCCGUCGUGUUUCUGCAGAUUUCAGUUACCAGAACCAAGGUUCUUGUCGUAACAGCGGAGCUACCAGGAAGCUGGAGUUCAUUUUAAACCUUAAUCCCAUUUGUGAUCCAGAACCUUUCAGCUGCUGUCAGCAGAAAGUUCUGGAUGUUGCCGUUUUUGCACAGAACCUCCAGUUUCCUCUAAAUCUAGAAAAUUUUUCUAAAUAUUUCUGACCAAUCACCUGUUUGCAUCUUAGCGGUCCAAACACAUCCUUUAAGCUCUGGGUUCUGGUUUCUCUUCCUGCUGCAGAGGUUUGUAAAGGUCACGCUCCUGAAGAUGUU